UGUGUUCUAGACAUUCCAUGUCUUUACUCGGCAUAGUUUUGGAGGUUUUAUUCUGUUUCAUGACGUCUUGCCAGUCGGCAGUUUUGUUUAUUGUGGUUUCAGCCGGUGAUUACGUGCUUUCACCAUCUUUUUGUUGUUGCUGUUUGGGGUCCUGUGAAGAUUACAUGCAUAUUAAUAGCUGCUGCUCCAGAGCGGUUCUCUUAUAAAUGAAAUGCACUCGGUACUUUGUCACCUCACAGUGGAAGAGAAGUGCAACAAAACAAAUUCGAAUACAUGUUUAUUUACUUUCAGUUAGAAACGUGUGAAAGCUGCAGGGAGCCACCAGGAAGGAGCUGAAGAGCUGCGGGUUCCAGACAACAUGUUAAAAUCGAUCAUUUUUGGAGAAAGAUAAAAAGAUAUCACCAUUCACCUUUCUCCUGUAAAACCAAAAGUGACGGCAGUGUUUAGAGCUCCUCACCCUGAAGGCGUUCGCAGUUGCAGCCGUCGCUUUGUGCACAAAUACUGAAAUAAGCUUCUUUGUUUGAUCCUGACUGAGAACUGAACACAGGUUUGAUGGAGACGACCUGAGAGGUCGGGAUGAGUCAUCAGCAGAACAUUUUGAACGUAUGUUGAGUCUUCUCAGUAAUUUUUAGUGAUCUGAUUAAAGCCAUGUUGAAAUCAGAGCUUCACUGAAUGUAUCUGAUGUGAAAAUCUUCCUCCAGCUCAGAGACUUACAGGUCUUAAUAUUAAAAUCAGUAAAGGCAUUAUUUUUCUUGGUGGAAUAGAGAGUAAUAAAUCCAGCCUAUGAUCCUGAGUGGAUUCUAGAUUUACACUCUGCCUUGUUGGUGCCUCAUUUUUCUUGUACUUUCAAAAUAAAACAUAUGGUCACCACCAUCUGCUCCCCGGGAGGAUGAAGGGCUUUCUGUGAACUGGUGAUAGUUGUAGGCUUUGAUUUUGAGGUAAACUUGUUUUUUGUUUGUUUGUAUUUUGUUUUUAAAAGUUGUCUUUAGACACACUGUUUUGCAGUAUAAACCACUCGUCUCUGAUUUUUUGCUUCACUGUAAAGUUUUGGUGAAUCAGAGAUGGGAGUGGACAUCUGUAAAGAAAUGGGAGUACAUCAAAUGGGAAGUUACUCAGAUCAGGUGAGAGUUGUUUUUAUUGUUCUUACUUUGCUUUUACAUUCCCUUCAGGGAACGUCAGGAAAAGCUGCUGAAACUCAGGUUUCUUUAUCCUCUUUGUCUCCUGCAUGCAUAAUUCCGGGCUGUUUCCCUCCAGGUGCGGCGGGUCGGGGGGCUUCGCUCAUCAUUCUUAUGCACAUAGGGGGGCUCUCACCUCUGCCCGGAGAUGGGAGGGGGGGUCACACACCCGGAUGAUAAAGCAGAGGAGGUCCGGCUCCAGGUCAGAGUGCUGCUGGGCGCUGGAGGAGUCAGCUGUGGAUCAUGGCCGUGGUGGAGUGUAUUCGGCAGUGGUUCAGGAGUCUGGUCAUCCACCAGCUCACCAUCGCCAACCCGCUGAUGGCCGACAACUGGAUGGACAGAUCUGCUCUUCACGUGGCGGCCUUCGAGGGCCGACUGGUCCUCCUGCAUAACCUUCUGGCCUAUGGAGCCGACGUGGACACGGUCACCCUGGACAAUGUCUCCGCCCUCCACGAGGCCUGCCUCAGCGGGCACUACGAGUGCGCCAAGCUGCUGCUGGAGAACGGUGCAGAUCCGGACAGAGUCACGCUGGACGGCGGAACGCCUCUCUUCUACGCCUGCAGCAGCGGGAACGCCGCUUGCGUUCAGCUCAUCUUGGAGCGCGGCUCGUCUCCGCACGCCGACCGGCAUCUGGCCUCCCCCAUCCACGAGGCUGCCAAGAAGAAUCAUCAGGAGUGUCUGCAGCUGCUGCUGUCCUGGGGGGCGCAGGUUGACCUGGAGCUGCCGCUGGUGGGAACGCCGCUCUACUGCGCCUGCAUGUCCCAGGCAGCCGACUGCGCAGAGGUUCUGCUGCAAGCAGGGGCAGACGUGAGGCUGGGAUGUGGGCAGGACAGUCCUCUGCACGCCGCCGUCCGAGGCGGCGCUGCGCAGAUCGUCGCCCUCCUGCUGGACUUUGGGGCCGACGAGUGCUGCAGGAAUGAAGACGGACAGACUCCUCUGGACCUGUCGGCGGAAAACAGCGCGGUGAGGUCGGCGCUGCAGAGGAGAGAGAUCUGCUCGCUGUCUCAGCUGUGUCGCGUCAGCGUCCGGCGCAGCGUCGGAGCCAAUCACCUGCCGCAGAUCUCCAGUCUGCUCCUGCCUCGGCGUCUGCAGGAUUACCUCCUCUACCAGUGAGGAGCCGCCGCCCGGCUUCAGAGGCUGACUGAAACGUGCGCGUUUCCCUCACUGAUGCGAGGGGGAAAGACGGGGUUCAGAGGAUUUCUUUGAAUAUUAUAGGAAUUGCUGGGAUAGAACGCCGUGUGUUUACAGGUCAGAGCUGGUUUAAAGUUGGAGAAAACCUCACACUUCCUCCUGGAAUGAGGAAUUAAACAGGAGUGAUGCUAUCAGCUGUGCUUCUUUCCACAAGGUUGCAUAAGAUGCUGCUUGCAUACCUGAGUGUACAACUCCGACUGGAGGCCGUGAAGGUGCAUUGUGGGUAAUGUUGGCCUUCACUUUGAUGAUCAAGAGCGAAGGGAUUUUUUUUUUUAAAUAAUGUAAAUUAAAAUGUAUGCUCUGAAAAUGCAGGAGCAAAAAUAGGCGAAGCUCUGUGCCUGCAGAGAAGAGCAAGUUUCACAUUUUGUAAAAAUAUUUUUGCUUUUGUUGAUUUUUUUUUAAACUGAAAUGUACGGAAUUUCAUUUUUGUUAUUGUUGGAUGG